AAAAAAAAAAAAAAGAAUCUUGGACGUCAAGUUUGACUUGUAGAAGGGCCAUCUCGUAUUAUCGCCAGGUCGUUUGGUUCAUAUCAUUCCUCAUCGGUAAAAGCCGGAGAAGGCCUUCAACGGAGUCGUGAAUCUUGUUUCUUGGGAAGGGAGAGAUGUGGCCGUUUAGCCGGAAGGGUCCUUCUGGGUUCUCGUGGUAUUCGACCGCAGAGGAAGUCACCCAAGGAUUAGAUGGCUCUGGCCUCACCGCCAUCGUCACAGGAGCAUCAAGUGGAAUUGGCUCUGAAACAGCCCGAGUUCUGUCACUGCGUGGUGUUCACGUGGUCAUGGCAGUCCGGAAUUUGUCUACUGGUGCCAGUGUCAAGGAAGCAAUAGUGAAGGAAAUUCCUACUGCAAAAGUUGAUGUCAUGCAAUUGGAUCUCACAUCAAUGGCUUCAGUGAGAAAAUUUGCUUCAGACUUCGAUAACCUGAAUCUUCCCCUGAAUAUCCUCAUUAACAAUGCAGGAGUCAUGUCAACACCCUUCACGCUUUCACAGGAUGGUAUAGAACUGCAGUUUGCAACAAACCAUGUCGGUCAUUUUCUGUUAACCCAUCUUCUGUUGGAGAACAUGAAGAAUACGUCUCGCGAAUCAAAAAUAGAAGGAAGGAUUGUUAAUGUUUCAUCAGAGGGACAUAGGUUUCCCUAUCGCGAAGGAAUUCGUUUUGAUAAGAUAAAUGAUCAAUCAGGGUAUGGCAGUUGGACUGCAUAUGGGCAAUCAAAACUUGCAAACAUAUUGCAUGCUAAUGAACUUUCCAGACGUUUUAAGGAGGAAGGUGUGGAAAUAACAGCAAAUUCUCUUCAUCCAGGAUCAAUCAUCACAAAUCUUCUGCGCUAUCACAGUUUUAUGGAUGUUCUUUCUCGUACGAUUGGGAAACUUGUACUGAAAAAUGUUCAGCAGGGGGCAGCAACGACAUGCUACGUCGCGUUGCAUCCGCAAGUCAAAGGGGUGAGUGGAAAGUAUUUUGACAGCAGUAAUAUAGGGGAGCCAAGCGCAAAAGCAAAGGAUACAGACUUGGCAAAGAAACUUUGGGACUUCACCAUGGAUUUGAUUAGCUGAUAUAUUCAUAUUGUUCUUGAAACUAGACUGCCUUCUAAUCUUUCCCAGUAUACAUGAUGCUUGUAAACCGGUCAAUUUGCUAAGGGUGUGUGCUCAUGAUACUUGAAUUAUUAAAGGUAUCAGGUGACUGGUAUUGUUUUAUUUGGUGUUUGGUUUUUGGUGCUGGGGCUUAGCUACAGG